GAUGGAUAGAUGGAUAAAUAGAUAGGUCAAGAUGUUGGAACCACCUACCUGGAAAGUACCUUGGAAAAACUGGGCACUGAGGAGAACUGGUGCUGUUUUAAGGGCACAGAGUUGUCACAAUAAAUAUUGAUCUGAUUUAAGGUUUUUUGUUUACUGCACUUUUGCAUAAAGAAGUUGAUAAAUAAAUAAAAAUCAUUCAUGGCCUUAUUAAAAAAAAAACUUAACUCUAAGUUUAAACCUGUGCAACUCAAUAAAUAACAUCAAAAUGAAUACGCACACUGCUUGAAAUAAGCAAAAUAUCACAUCGCUUACAGCGGCACUCGUUUGCCCCGCCUCUUCCGAGUAGGUCAACCAAUGGCCGUGCAGCUUUUCUCUGUACUUCCUUAGCCACUAAACAUCAGAACAACAUCCCCGGAAGUACCAUGGGACGUGAACUCACUCGUGUUCCUGCUCCACAUUGGCGGUAGGUCAAUAUUUGACUAUCUGCUACGCGUCGGUAUCUUUGGUCAACAUAAAGCAGCUGCCCAGAAACAGACUCUUUUUGUUCCUGCGGGUGAACAUUGGACCAAGCGAUAAAAGGCAUCUGUGCGGCCGCAGUGCUCAUGAUGGACGACACAGGCAGAGAGCUGAGGCCACUUGAAGACCCAGAGGAUGAUUGCUACUCUUCCUCUUCAGACGACACCUCCGUGGAAGUAGGGGAAAAACCCAAGACCCCCCGGGUUGAUGCCAUGUGUGUAGAGACACCAAGGGAAAAUGGGUUUCACCAGUCUACCAGGAUCUGUCUGGAGUACAUCAGAGAGGCCAUGCUGCAUCACAGAUGGCAAGAGGCUGCAGAAUAUAUGGCAUGUUACCCCCAAAUGUUGGAAGACACAUCUUUCGGCUAUACGGAGCGGUGUAAAGAGCUCGUUUGGAGACUCAGCACUGAGAUCCUUCACCAUCACCCCAACUCAAAUAUGGACGACUACAACAGCAUCUAUGAACGAAUGAAACAUUCAGGAUUCAAGCAUUACCUGAAGAUCAGUCUGGAACAUUCCUUCCACCUGCUGCUCCACGGUCACAUUGUAGAUGCGAAGCGUCAAUUGUUGACCACUGCGAGUUGGAGGUAUGGGAAGGAGCAGGCAGUUCAGCAUCAGAAGGCUAAAUUGAUCCACGCCUACAGGAGCCUGCUGGAUUAUAUCCUCUGGUGUGACAAGAAGGUCUCAAACUCCGACCCUGACUAUCAGGAAUCUUGUGACAUCCAAGAGAAGAAUAACAACUUCAGACAGGCCUCUGUGAAUCUUAAGGAGAUUGUGAGAAAUCCUGGUGUCUGGGAUCCCUUCAUACUGAGUUACGUUGAGAUGCUGGAGUUCUAUAAGGAUCACAAGGAAGCUUUGAGUGUCCUGAAUGACUACGCCUAUGACAACAAUUUUCCUCCCAAUCCCAAUGCGCACGUCUAUCUGUACCAGUACUUAAAGCGGCACGAUGCCCCGGAGAAGAAACUGUUGAAAGUGUUGAAGAUCCUCCAUGUGUCAGUCCCAAGCCACGAGCUGAUGUUGGAGUACAGCUCUCUCCUGCUUCAGUCAGAGAAAGAAAGUGAUAUCCAAAAAGCUUUUCGAAUCAUUGUGGAAAUGCUGGACUUCGCAUGCUGGAGGAGCAACCUGGAUGUGUGGAACCGCUUAAAGGCCAUUAUUCAGAAAUUAAAAUCCCAAAAAGACUGGAGGAAGGUGGUCCACGCAGAAAUGGCUGGAAGAAAAGACUGGUGGCCCGUGCUGCACUUCACGAGCUUCCACGCCAGUAAAGACUCUGAUGAGAACCCAGAUCUGAUGGAGGUGAAGGCAUCACUGAUAAAUGUCCUCUGCCCAGAUACGAAGCUGAAGUACGGCGCCAGAGGGGUAAACAGUGGAGAGCGAACGUGAGAGAGGAGCACAGAGAAAACAUAUCGAAUGGUGUCAAUUCAAGAAGAGGGAUGAGACGCUGUCGGGAAACGUCAGCAAAGUCAGAGUCUUCAUGAAGAGAUUUCUUUUUGGGUGAUUAUUCUGAACUUAUAGUUCACUGACACAGAUGUGUGUUUCCAAGGUCAGAAAAAAAACCCUCUGUAUUUCUCUUUUUUUUUGUAAACAUUGUUUCCUCAUAUGUUGAUGCCUGUAUCAUUUGUCCUGAAGGCACGAGCCACGUCCUCCACUGUGUGGAGCUCUUGUUCUGUGCGCUUGGCAAGCGAGUGUCUGGAGGGUAUGACCGCCUGAGUCUGACAGAAACUGAGUGCGGCGCUGAAUCAGUGUUCGCGUUCGGUCUCGUGGUUUCCUGUAAACAUUCUAAUGAGAGCUGAGUCUCGUUCUGCCCCCAGCUGACCUUUGACCGCUGUGUGUGGGGGGGUUUAGGGUCAUUAGUGAGAGAGCACCACACGCAGCCGCAGGGAUUUUCUCUGUCAGCUCCACUGUCAUGUCAGGAUAGUCUGCACGGACCUUUCAGCUACAUAAUUUGCAGCAGUUUUAGUCAGUGGGAAAGACCGAUGCCAAUUUGUUACUGCUAAUAGCAUUAAAAUGUAUUAAUUUGUAUUAAUAAUUUUUUCAUCGACUGUGAGAGGUGCCUUCCGGGAAAGACGCGCUCGAAUGUAUUUGCACAGAAACACUACAUCCCUUCCUGUCACGCCUUUAUUUCACAAACACUGCGAUACCGUGUCUCCUAUAGUAGAGAGGCUCACACCCUUUGAUGCCAUAUUUAAAAAAAAUAAAUUAAAAAAAGUGAUAUUUUUGUACAAAGAAUAUUUCUGUUGGCUUGACAGGAUCCUCGGCCUUCAAACGCUGUGCUUGCUCUCCCCCCUUUGUACUGAACCAUGAAAUAAAUCUUGCAUCCAGCAGCAUGCCAAUUUAA